UUAACUUUCGUUUGUAUAACUUUAUCCAUCUUUGUAGUUAGUUUUGCAGCCAAUUUAAUUGUUGCUGGUACUAUAUUGUGUCGGAAGCAUCUGCGAAAUAUCACUCAUCUCUUUGUCUUCAAUCAAUGUAUCGCUGAUCUCAUUCGUGUAUCAUUGCAAAUACCUCCAUUAGUGGUUAAUAUGUUACUAGGCUAUUGGCCAUUUGGUCCUGUCUACUGUAACUUGAGUUAUCCUAUUACCAUUUUUUUGAUGUCUGUAUCUAUAUUAAAUGUUUGUAGCAUUAGUAUUGAUCGCUAUUUUUCCAUCACAUCACCAUUAUUGUAUCAGGCCAGACAAAUUAUGAGUAAGAAAAUUGUGCUUGUCCUCUUGCUUUUUGUUUGGCUCGAACCGCUUGUAAUUGCUCUAUUGCCUAUGUUUGUCUGGCGUGAUAUCGGCUAUGAUCCUCGACCUGGUUCUUGCUUUGUUCAAUGGACAGCCGCGCCUAGCUUCGAACGACCGUACCUAGUUUGCCUUAUGGUAGUAAAUUUCUUCGUGCCAUGCCUUGCUAUGAGCAUGAUUUAUGCUCGCAUUUUUGUCAUCGCUUCUAAACAUGCUAAACGUGUUAAAUAUGAAUCCUCAGCGUAUAGUAUUGAAGCAUCAACUAGAGCGCGUAUUGAUGCUAAAGAUAUUCGAAUAAUUGCAGUCUUGGCAACGAUCGUUGGAUUCUUUUUAAUAUGCUGGUUGCCAUUUUUUAUCAAUGGGCUUGUAUUAUUAUUUAGCCCUAGACUGAUGUCUACUGUAUUAUAUACGGCAUCAGUUUACCUCUCUUUCGCCAAUGCUGCUAUCAAUCCAUUAAUUUAUGCAAUUUUUACGCGUGAUAUACGACAUCAGAUAUGUUUUUUAUUCUGUCGCCCAUUAGCGUCACGU